AUGGGACAUUAUAUAGUAACACCAGGUAACAGAGAUACCCCAGAGAGAUGUCUCCGUCCUCUGUAUUCCCAGGAUUGUACAGAGGAGAAUCACAGGAUCCCACAGGAGGAUCAGGAUGAAUGUCUCACUGACAUUAAGAUAGAAGAUACAGAGGAAGAAAAAGAGACGUAUGUGACGGAUAUAAAGGCAGAAGAUUUAGAGGGAGAAGAAGAGACGUAUGUGACUGAUAUAAAGGCAGAAGAUAUACAGGGAGAAGAAGAGACGUAUGUGACUGAUAUAAAGGCAGAAGAUAUAGAGGGAGAAGAAGAGACGUAUGUGACUGAUAUAAAGGCAGAAGAUAUAGAGGGAGAAAAAGAGACGUAUGUGACUGAUAUAAAGGCAGAAGAUAUAGAGGGAGAAGAAGAGACGUAUGUGACUGAUAUAAAGGCAGAAGAUAUAGAGGGAGAAGAAGAGACGUAUGUGACUGAUAUAAAGGCAGAAGAUAUAGAGGGAGAAGAAGAGACGUAUGUGAGGGGUGAUCAGCAGUCUAAGAAGGAGGACAUCCCUACAGAUAUCAGCACAGCAGAUGGACACACAAGCAGGAAUAUCUCAGAAGGACAUCUAAUGUUAUCCCCGGAUUGUGACAUAAAAGAUAAUGACAGUAGACAGGAUUCUCCAGGAGAUAACCCCAUUACCCCAAUUAUACAUCCAGCUCUAUCAACUGGUCCCUCUGAUCCUGGGAAAUGUUUUCCUGAUCACCCUGAUAUUGGUGCAUCUGUUACAGCUCUGAGAGUAGAUACAGUGUUUCCCUGUUCUAUAGAUGCCAAAUGUUUUACACAGAACACAAAGCUUAUUACCCAUCAGACAGGUAAGGCAGGUGAGAGGCCAUUUCCAUGCUCUGAGUGUGGGAAAUAUUUUACCUGGAAAUCACAACUUGUUACACAUCAGCGAAGUCACACAGGUGAGAAGUCAUUUCCAUGUUCUGAGUGUGGUAAAUGUUUUGCACACAAAUCUGAUCUUAUUAGACAUAACAGAAGUCACACAGGUGAGAAGCCAUUUUCUUGCUCUGAGUGCGGGAAAUGUUUUAUCCGGAAAUCACAACUUGUUGCACAUCAGCGAAGUCACACAGGUGAGAGGCCAUUUCCAUGUUCUGAGUGUGGAAAAUAUUUUACCUGGAAAUCACAACUAGUUACACAUCAGCGAAGUCACACAGGUGAGAAGUCAUUUCCAUGUUCUAAGUGUGGGAAAUGUUUUGCACACAAAUCAGAUCUUAUUAGACAUAACAUAAGUCACACAGGUGAGAAGCCAUUUUCUUGCUCUGAGUGCAGGAAAUGUUUUAUCCGGAAAUCCCAACUUGUUACACAUCAGAGAAGGCAUACAGGUGAGAGGCCAUUUCCAUGUUCUGAGUGUGGGAAAUGUUUUGCAUGCAAAUCAGACCUUGUUAUACAUCACAGAAGUCACACAGGUGAGAAGCCAUUUUCUUGCUCUGAGUGCGGGAAAUGUUUUAUCCGGAAAUCAAAACUUGUUACACAUCAGAGAAGGCAUACAGGUGAGAGGCCAUUUCCAUGUUCUGAGUGUGGGAAAUGUUUUAUAUGCAAAUCAGAUCUUGUUAUACAUCAGAGAAGUCACACAGGUGAGAAGCCAUUUUCUUGCACUGAAUGUGGGAAAUGUUUUACACAGAAAUCACAACUUGUUACACAUCAGCGAAGUCAUACAGGUCAGAGGCCAUUUCCAUGUUCUGAGUGUGAGAAAUGUUUUGCACACAAAUCAGUUCUUGUUAAACAUCAGAGAAGUCACACAGGUGAGAAACCAUUUCCAUGUUCUGAGUGUGAGAAAUGUUUUGCACACAAUUCAGCUCUUGUUUUACACCACAGAAGUCACACAGGUGAGAAACCAUUUUCUUGCUCUGAGUGUGGAAAAUGUUUUACACAAAAAUCACAACUUGUUACACAUCAGCGAAGUCACACAGGUGAGAAAAAAAGGGGACGGCACCUGGGCGCAAAUAAUUAA